UCCGUACAUUGGUUCACGAAAAUUCAACUUGAGGGCACACACGGAAGGUAGUAGGCGUAGGGGCGACGUUGGCAAGGUUUUGGCGGGAGCGCCUCACCGAGCUACCGAUUGACAUCAUGUGGUCGUUCUUCUCAAGAGAUCCUUCUAAAGACUUUGCGUUUGAUAUAAGUGACCAAGUCAAGGGGCUAGAAUACAGAAGCUUUUGGCGAGUCCAUGCAGGUCGCAAAAAGGGUACCAGCCAGAACGUGUCUGUGUUCGUCUUUGAUGUGAAGGACGGCUCGGAGGCGCAGCUGGAGCUGGCCAAGGCGGCCGUGAAGCGGCUCAAGACGCUCCGACAUCCGGGCGUGGUCACCUACAUCGACAGCACUGAGACAGACAAGCUUGUGUACCUGGCCACGGAGCCGGUGACACCACUAGAGGAAUGGCUGGAGAAGUCCUCCAUAUCCGAGAAACAGCGAGACCUCGCCAUAUCCUGGGGUCUGCUGCAGAUCACUAAGGCGCUAAGUUUUCUCGUCAACGACGGGAAGCUGCAGCACAACAACAUUUGCAUGUCCUCCGUCUUCGUUGACGCUGCUGGGGAGUGGAAGCUGGCAGGUCUGGAGUACGUGACGUCCGGCUCGUCAGGGCCGCCGCCUCAUAAGGCGUUUCCGCAGCUGCAGGUAUACGACCCGCCGGAGCGGUCCGACCCCUCCAAACAGCGGCUGACGUCCUCCUGGUCGACCGACACCUGGGGCCUCGGCUGUCUCAUCUGGGAGGUGUUCAACGGACCACUGAUGAAGAUGGCCUCCCUCAAGUCCACCAGCAAGCUGCCCAAGUCGCUGACGCCGCUGUACUGUGACCUGGUGGGCGGGAACCCGGCCGGCCGGCCCAACCCGGCGCAGGUGGUGGAGCGCGGCCGGCAGCCGGGCGGCUUCUUCAACAACAACCUCAUCCAGUCGCUGCUCUUCGUGGAGGAGAUCCAGAUCAAAGACACGGUGGAGAAGAACCGUUUCUUCGGGCAGCUGCCGCCGAUGCUGGACCAAUUUCCACCGGACCUUGCCAAGAACAAGAUCCUACCGCAGCUCAUCACGGCCUUCGAGUUCGGUGGCUCUGGGUCCACCAUCCUGGCGCCCAUGUUCAAGCUGGGAGGCCUGCUGUCAGAGGAGGAGUACCAGCUGCGCAUGGUGCCCUGCCUGGUAAAGCUGUUCUCAUCACCCGACCGGGCCACGCGCGUCAAACUUCUGCAGCAGCUGGAGUCGUUCGUGGACCACCUACAGCCCAACACCGUGAACGAACAGAUCUUCUCUCACGUGGUGACCGGAUUCCUGGACACGAGCCCAACGCUGCGCGAGCACACGGUGCGCGCCAGCCUGCUGCUGGCGCCCAAACUCAACUACAACAACCUCAACGUCGAGCUGCUCAAGUACUUCGCUCGAUUGCAGGCCAAAGACGACCAGGGCGGCAUCCGCACCAACACCACCGUCUGCAUGGGCAAGAUCGCGCAGUACCUGCACCCGUCCGUGCGUCAGAAGGUGCUGAUCUCGGCCUUCCUGCGCGCCACCAAGGACCCGUUCCCGGCUGCUCGAAUUGCUGGGGUGCUGGGUCUGGCCGCCACCCAGCAAUACUACUCGCUGGCCGACGUGUCGGCUCGCGUUCUGCCGGCGCUCUGCCAUCUGACGCUCGACCCGGACAAGGAGGUGCGACAGCACUGCUUCAAGACCAUCCGCGGCUUCCUGGGCAAGCUGGAGAAGGUUUCGGACGACCCCAGCCUUAAGGAGACCAUGGAGGCCGACAUCAACAGCCACACGCCGACAGCGGGCACGGCUGGCUCCGGCUGGGCCAGCUGGGCGACGGCUGCGCUCUCCACCGUCUCCACCGUCUACCGCAGCACGCAGCGCGCCAAGUCCCGGCCAGACUCCGGCGGGAGCUCGGAGGCACCGGCUUCUGCCGCCGCCGCCGCCGCCGCCGAGCCGUCACGGGGGCAGAUCCUGCCGAGCCGCCCACCGCCGGCCGAGUCCGGCGGCGGCGGUGGCGGCGGCGGUGGUGGUGGUGAGGACACCUCGCCGAUGGCAGACGCCUCGGACGGCUGGGACGACGAGGACUGGGGCUCGCUGGAGGAGCCCGCGCCGGCCACGGAGCCGUCGGCCGUGCCAUCGAACCCCUCGGACGGCUGGGACUCGUGGCAGGAGGACGAGUUCAGCCCGGUAACCGCCGAGCCGGACACGAGGCCCCUCUCCGAGAUCCGCUGGGCCGACGCUGGUGCCGUGGAGGACCCCUUCGCCUCCGUGCCCACCAAACAGACGAGCCAGCGCAAAGCCAUGCCCACCGCUGACGUCACGGCGUCGUCAGCUGGCGCGGCGGCCGACUUCGGCGGCGGCUGGGACAACUCGGACUGGGGUGACAUGGGUGGUGUAGGGACGGGCACCGGUGGCGAGCAAGACAAGAAGUCGGCGAUGCAAGAACGGCGACAGCAGCGACAGAAGGAGCUAGAGGCCAAGCGAGCCGCGCGGAAAGGUCCGAUGAAGCUGGGGGCCAGGAAGCUCUAGCCGGCAGUGUAGCUCAGGACCAGGAGGCUCUAUCCGGCAGUGUGCCGCCUCCGUCUGGCGCGCAGCUGGACUCUGCCGCCUCCGUCUGGCGCGCAGCUGGAAUCUGCCGCCUCCGUCUGGCGCGCAGCUGGACCCUGCCGCCUCCAUCUGGCGCGCGGCUGGACUCUGCAUAUCAGGCACGGCCGUGGUUCCGGAGGCAGCAGCGUCGGGCGGUACCCGUGUUGACCGGCCGUCGGACGGGGCUGGUGCCAGACCGCCAGACGUCGGUGCUGCGGUCCGACGCGCCAGCGCGCCGCUCUGUUCAAGUCUGGCGCACCGACGGCUGCCGUCUGUCGGGCCAGACGGGCUGGCCAGCUGGCGACGCCUCAGCAGGCUCCGUCGCGCCGCCAGCGCCGCUCGGCCGUCGGUGGCGGGCGGGCGAGCCCGCGGCUCCAGCUACCUUCAGCCUGCGGCUCCGGCCGCCUUCAGCCUGCAGCCCAUACUCCCCUCUCGGCCGGUGUGUUGCCGUCGGAUUGUCGGAGGAUAGGGCGCCCGGUCCCGGCGGCGGUCCCCGCGGGUGACGAGGCGGCUCGUGUGUUCCGCGCGGCUCUCCAGCGCUGGCGUGGCGUGACGUGCAGGCGACGUGCCCAUGACACAUGACAUACCGUCAGCUGAAAGGGCCAUGAUACGUGACAUACCGUCAGCUGACAGGGCCAUGAUACGUGACAUACCGUCAGCUGACAGGGCCAUGAUACGUGACAUACCGUCAGCUGAAAGGGCCAUGACACGUGACGUGCCGUCAGCUGACAGGGCCAUGAUACGUGACAUACCGUCAGCUGACAGGGCCAUGACACGUGACAUGCCGUCAGCUGACAGGGCCAUGAUACGUGACAUACCGUCAGCUGAAAAGGCCAUGACACGCGACAUACCGUCAGCUGAAAGGGCCAUGACUCGUGACAUACCGUCAGCUGACAGGGCCAUGCUAUGUGACAUGCCGUCAGCUGAUGUGGCAGUAUGCGGCUUUAGGGACUCUUGGCAGUAUGCGGCUUUAGGGACUCUCUCGUGCUUGUCGUUCGGCGAGUGGCCAGCACAGCAAGCUCAACAUUGUAGGCUGGACAACAUGCAGCAUUCUGCCCGCGCGCAGCAUGGGCAUUUUACAUGGUAAGCGCACGUGUUGGAUGACUCACACUGCAGUGAUAUGAGCGGAUGAGGUCGAUACCUGACCCCGGGUUCCGCCUACUUGACCCAAGAGCGUGCCAGUGAAAUCUGAACUAUACAUCGGAAGGGCAUAUGAUAUCCGGUGGUGACAGGCUCUUCGAAUGGCUGCGCGGUGGGCGAUGGGCAUUGACGUCAUUUCGCAUGUGCGAUUCGUGUGCGUGUGUCUGUUGCUUCUUGAUCUGACUAUUUUUGUAUCGUCGGCGUGUGGGGGUAAUACAUUCAACAACCCUUCCA